UACGUCACGCACGCGUACUCCCCACCCGCGGCCACACGACGGCGCCGCCCGCUCAGCUCAAGGGCUUAACAGCUGAGGACUGAGCGAGCCCGAGAGUCCGCGUUCCCGCGCGGGACUCCGGCCUCUCCAGGCAGAGGCGCCGCCGCCUGCAGUCCCUUCAAUUCUGCAGGCGCCGCAGACUCCUGGGGUCCUGCCGAUGUUCGCGGGGCUCCAACCUACCACCCGGCACCGCUGCCUCCGCCGGCUCCCCGAGCCGCGCGGGGUCCCCUUGGCCCUCGCCCCCACCCUCUGGAGCUCACCCGCAGCUCCCUCGCCGCGUGGACCUGGAGGCCAGGGAUUGUUUCCCACGAGGGGCUGGAAGCCGGGGAAGGACGAACCGGGAGGAGAAGGCGGGGAUGCACAUGCGCAGAGGAAGGGAGCGGCGUGGCGCGGUGGCGGCAAGCUGGAAGUUGGCUCCUGGCAGCUUGGGUUGGAAAAGUGGCUCUACCUUUAGAAGCAAUGCCUCACUUCCACAUUGUACGAAAGAAUCCUUAUCAUUUGAGGAUGUGACUUUGGGCUUCACCCAGGAGGAGUGGCAGCAGCUGGACCCUGAUCAAAGGACACUGUACAGGGACGUGAUGCUGGAGAACUAUAGUCACCUCGUCUCAGUGGGGUAUUGCAUCCCUAAACCAGAAUUGAUCUUCAGGUUGGAACAAGGAGAGCAACCAUGGGUAUUAGAGGAAGAGUCCCCAAGCCAGAGCUACCCAGAAGUCUGCAAAGUUGAUAACCAGCUAGAGCAGAGUCAGGAAAUCCAGGACAGACAUUUCGGGCAAGCUCCGUUUAUCAACAACAAAACACUGACUAUAGAGAGAGGUAAUGUAUUAGGAAAAAUGUUUAAUUUCAACACAUACCCAGUUUCUUCUGUAAAAAUACCUUGUAAAUGUGACACAAGUGGUAUGAGUUUGAAAUAUAUUUCAGAAUUAAUUAUUGAGAAAAACUAUUUAAGAAAGAAGUCUGAUGAUCUCAGCACAUAUGGAAAAUUAUUCCUUCAUAUUAACCAUGAAAAAACUCAUGUGGGAGAGAUACCUUAUGAAUUCAUUCAAAAUGGAAAGUACCUCAGUCAUAAUGAAGACUUUAUUCCAUAUGAGAAAAUUAAAAAUGUAGAGCAGUCUUCUGACUACAAACAACGUGGGAAAGAUUUCUGUGAGAAGACACUUUUCAUCACAUAUAAACAAGCUCACAAGAGACAGAGUCCUUGUGAACAUAGGGAAUGUGAUAAAGCAUUCUGUAAUUAUUCAACCCCCCAAAAAAGAGAAAGUCUUUAUAAGUUUAAUGAAUAUGGUAAAACCUCUGAGAAAUUAUCUCUCUUGAAACAUAGAGUUCAUUUGAAGGUGAAAGAUUGUGAACAUAUUGAAAAAGUGGAUAAUUUCAGCAGAUCAAAUUUUCCUGACACAGGAGAGAGAACAUUUGAAUGUAACAGCCUGGGGGAACCUUUCUGGGAGAAGUCAGUUCUUAAUGUAACUCAGAGAACAGGCAUAGGAGACAAUGUCUAUGAAUGUAAUGAAUGUGAAAAAGCAUUCUGUGAAAAAUCAAAACUCACCAAACAUCAGAGACUACAUACAGGAGAGAAACCCUAUGAAUGUAACGAAUGUGGGAAAUGCUUCUCUAGGAAAUCACUUCUCACUUUACAUCAGAGAAUCCACACUGGAGAGAAGUCCUAUAAAUGUAAUGAAUGUGGAAAGUCCUUCUCUAGGAAUUCACACCUCAUAAUUCAUCAGAGAACUCACACAGGAGAGAAACCCUAUGAAUGUAAGGAAUGUAGAAAAAGCUUCUACCAUAAGUCAUAUCUCACAGUACACCAGAGAAUUCACACAGGGGAGAAACCCUAUGAAUGUAAUCAAUGUGGCAAAACCUUCAUAAGCAACUCAGUUCUCACAGUACAUCAGAAAACACACACAGGUGAGAAACCCUAUGAGUGUAGUCAAUGUGGGAAAUUCUUCUCCAGGAAUUCAUACCUUACAGUACAUCAGAGAUCUCACUCAGGUGAGAAACCAUAUGAAUGUAAGGUAUGUGGGAAAACCUUCUGUCAUAAGUCAGAUGUCACUAAACACCAGAAAACUCACAUAGGGAGGAAGCCUUAUAAAUGUAAUGAGUGCGAGAAAACCUUCAGUCGCAACUCAGGCCUAAAAGUACACCAGAGAACACACACAAAGGAGAAACCAUAUGAAUGUAAUGAGUGUGGGAAAUCCUUCUCUGAGAAAUCAGUCCUCACGGUACAUCAGAGAAUACACACAGGGGAAAAACCUUAUAAGUGUAAUGAAUGUGGAAAAACCUUUUACAAUAAGUCAGAUCUCACUAAACACCAGAGAACUCACACAGGUGAGAAACCCUAUGAAUGUAAGGAAUGUGGGAAAUUCUUCUCUAGAAAUUCAUACCUUACAGUACACCGGAGAGCUCACACAGGGGAAAAACCCUAUGUGUGUAAAAAAUGUGGGAAAACCUUCUACUAUAAGUCAGACUAUACAGUACAUAAGAGAACACACAGAGGGGAGAAGUCUUCUCACUGUGAUCAGUGUGGGAAAACCUUCACUUGCAAUUCAGUCCUCAGAUCACAUCAGAGAACUCACACAGGGGAGAAGCCCUAUGAAUGUAAUGAGUGUGGGAAAUCUUUCUCUGAGAAAUCAGUCCUCACUGUACAUCAGAGAAUACACACAGGGCAAAAACCUUAUAAGUGUAAUGAAUGCGGGAAGCCCUUCUAUCGUAAGUCAGAUCUCACUAAACAUCAGAGAACACACACAGGGGAGAAACCCUAUGAAUGCAGUCAUUGUGGGAAAACCUUCAGUUGCAACUCAGGUCUCAAAGUACAUCAGAGAAGACACGUAAGGGAGAAACCCUAUGAAUGUAUUGAGUGUGGGAAAACCUCUAAGAAAUCAGUUCUCACAGUACAUUCAAAAUUACAUACAGGGGAAAAAAUCUUUUAAAUUUAGCAAUGAGAGAAAUCUUAGUAUCUAGCAUUUCAUACCUUGAAAUACUAUGGAGAAUUCACACAGAACAUGACCCCUAUGAAUGUAAAGUGGCAAAUUUUUUACCCUAAGUCAUAUUCCAAAGUAAAUGAAAGAGUAACCAUAGGGGAAAUUACUAUGAAUGUAAUGAAUAUCUAUUAAUAAGACAACUAAAAAAUGAAUACAUGUAGAAGAAACCCUACUAAUGUAUAUAGCGAAUGUGGAGAAAUAUUAUAUAAGUUAGGGCUUGUUAAACAAAUAACUUGCGUAGGAGAUAAUCCUGUGAAUCAAAUGUAUGUAGGAAAAUGUUCUUCCAGAACUUGGCCAUUUCUAACAGUCAGAUAAACCACACCUGGGGAAAGCUGUCAACAUCUUGUAUUUUUUUGAAAACUUCAUACACAAGUUGUACUUACUGUAUGUCAGGGAAAUAAUAGGGAAGAGACCUGAAGAAUACAGCAAAUAUAGUUGAGCCUAUAUCAAGGAAUGUCAUUUUACUGAACAAGACGAUGUUGAGAUGAAGUCUUAAAGAUGUUUUGAAUGUGAAGGCUUUAACAGAAUUCAGACUUUAUUAUAUCUGAAGAUUGUAUUGAAGGAAGUCUGUCAACUUAGGAAAUAUGGACAGAAAUUUUCCUUUAGAUAUGAUGUUAUUCUAAAAGUUAUGUUUUACACUUAUUUCAAAUCUUUUAGUAGAAAUAAAACUGAAAA